GCAGAGCCGCGCUGGAGACCGGCGGGGCCGCCGCGCCCGACUCUGCCCCGGCCGCUCGCCCUGCUCCCGCUCCCAAGUUUUCCUUUUCUCCCCUUUUUCCCUCGUUUCGGAGUUUUCUUGGUUUUUUGUUUUUUUAUUUUUUUUUGCAAAUUUUUUUUUUUUGCAAUUUUUUUUUAGCGUUUUUUUCUGUGCGGAGGAGAAGUAAUAAAAAGUUUUUUGCCGACUUCUCCGCAGCCGGGGGAGACUUCGUUUCUCCGAGUUUUUACUUUUUUUUAACCCGUCCUUGCCCCUUAGCGCCUACUUUUUAAUUUUUUUUUUCAUUAAUUUUUUUUUUCGCCCCCUUGCUCCCCCUCGGCCACUUUCUCGCAUGAAUCUCCUCGACCCUUUCAUGAAAAUGACAGAAGAACAGGACAAAUGUAUCUCCGACGCCCCCAGCCCCACCAUGUCGGAUGACUCCGCCGGCUCCCCCUGCCCCUCUGGAUCCGGCUCGGACACGGAGAACACCAGACCGCAAGAAAACACCUUCCCCAAGGGAGACCCGGACCUGAAGAAGGAGAACGACGAGGACAAGUUCCCGGUGUGCAUCCGGGAGGCGGUGAGCCAGGUGCUGAAGGGCUACGACUGGACCCUGGUGCCGAUGCCGGUGCGGGUGAACGGCUCCAGCAAGAACAAACCGCACGUCAAGAGACCCAUGAACGCCUUCAUGGUGUGGGCGCAGGCGGCCCGCAGGAAGCUGGCGGAUCAGUACCCGCACCUGCACAACGCCGAGCUCAGCAAGACCCUGGGCAAGCUCUGGAGGCUGCUGAACGAGAGCGAGAAGCGCCCGUUCGUGGAGGAGGCCGAGCGGCUGCGGGUGCAGCACAAGAAGGAUCACCCCGACUACAAGUACCAGCCCCGGCGGAGGAAGUCGGUGAAGAACGGGCAGGCGGAGCAGGAGGAGGGCGCCGAGCAGACCCACAUCUCCCCCAACGCCAUCUUCAAGGCGCUGCAGGCAGACUCGCCCCAGUCCUCCUCCAGCAUCAGCGAGGUGCACUCGCCCGGGGAGCACUCGGGCCAGUCCCAGGGGCCCCCCACGCCCCCCACCACCCCCAAGACCGACCCCCAGCCGGGCAAGCAGGACCUGAAGCGGGAGGGCCGCGCCCUGGGCGAGGGCGGCCGGCAGCCGCCCCACAUCGAUUUCCGCGACGUGGACAUCGGCGAGCUCAGCAGCGACGUCAUCUCCAACAUCGAGACCUUCGACGUCAACGAGUUCGACCAGUACCUGCCCCCCAACGGGCACCCGGGCCAGCCGGGCCAGGUCACCUACACGGGCAGCUACGGCAUCAGCGGCGCCGCGGGGGCUGCGGCCGGCGCCGGCCACGCGUGGAUGGCCAAGCAGCCGCCGGCAGCGCAGCCACAGCCGCAGCUGGCGGCGCUGGGAGCGGAGCAGAGCCCCCAGCAGCAGCAGCAGCAGCAAAGGACGCACAUCAAGACAGAGCAGCUGAGCCCCAGCCACUACAGCGAGCAGCAGCAGCACUCCCCGCAGCAGCAGCAGCAGCUGAGCUACAGCUCCUUCAACCUGCAGCACUACAGCUCGUCCUACCCCAGCAUCAGCCGCGCCCAGUACGAGUACGGCGAGCACCAGGGCUCCUCGGGCUCCUACUACAGCCACGCCGGGCAGGGCAGCGGGCUCUACUCCACCUUCAGCUACAUGAGCCCCACGCAGCGCCCCAUGUACACCCCCAUCGCCGACACCGCGGGCGUGCCCUCCAUCCCCCAGACCCACAGCCCGCAGCACUGGGAGCAGCCCGUGUACACGCAGCUCACCCGGCCCUAGGAGCGGCCAGCAAGGAGGAAACGCGGCGAAAAUCAAAAAAAUAAAAAAAAAAAAAAAAAAAAAAACAACAACAAAAAAACGGCGAAAAGGAAGAGAGAAAAAAAAAAUAAUAAAGAAAACAAAAUAAAAAGAAAAUCAGCAAAGAGUUGCCUCGGACUGGUUGAAGUUGAAGUAAUUCCAAUUUGUGGAAGCUGGCGGGGAGGAGAGAGCGCCUCGAGCCUUCUGCACUACAGCAUCCUCCAGCUCCCAGCCCCAAAAUUUGGGACAGGCUUUGCCAAGGACUGGAUUGAACUCUGCUUCUUCCAGCGUGGAGAGGAGAUUUCCACCCAACCCGCCCAGCUGGCUCUUUCUCUGAACUUUUGUAAUGAUUUUUUUUUUUUUUUUUUAGCAGUAAUUAAGACAAAGACAAAAAAAAAAUUAAAAAAAGAAGAAAAAAAAAUGGGGGGUAAAAGAGAAAACUCAGAGUCCUCUGUGAGGAAUAUUCUCUAUUUUAAAUAUUUUUAGUAUGUACUGUGUAUGAUUCGUUACCAAUUUGAGGGGAUUUGUACCUAUUUUUUAGAGAUGUUUUUGGAAAUGCUCUUAUUUUUCCAACAGCUAAAAAGAAAUGACACUUAGUGGAGCAGCCCUAGGUUUUCUUGCAGAGGUAUUUUUGUAUAGAGAAGUGUCUUUUGGGGUUUGUUUUUUUUUUUUUUUGCUCUUAAAAAAAUGAAACUAAACCAGCGUGCUCUGCCCUGGGAACCCAGCACCGGGGCAGGCACCAGCAUGGGAGAGGCUUUAUUUUUCUAACUCGUAGCAAAACCAGCCAGGAGGAGAGAACUUCACUUUAUUUUUUAAUAACCUUGAGCCUUAAAAGAAAAACAAAAAGAGGAAAAAAAAAAAAAAAAUUUAAAAAAUCGGAUGGAGCAGCCCCAAAGCGCUGCUGAGAAGCCUUAAAGAGCCCGGUGAUAAUCACUGGCCCCGGGCUGGGGCUGAGCCCGACCCCUCCGGGCAGCCCCUGCCCCCCCGGGGUGCCAAACCCAGCCAGGGGCUCCCCUCUGCCUUGAAAUUAUUUAUUUGGGGGAGAAGAGCAGCUUUUAAUCACGAUUUUCCCUGGGUUUUGUUGUUUCCAUCUCCCCUCCAGGUCCUGUUGGGAGCAUUAUUUGGAAGGUGACCGUGCCUGUUAAAUUAUGGUCUGAAACUGUAACCAGUCCUUUAUUUAUCUCUUUAAUUCCUUUUGGUUGUUGUUAUUAUUAUUAUUAUUAUUCUUUUUGGAAUCUGUGUCCUGGGUUUGUACAAACUUUGUGCUCUUCCUUUUUUUUUUUUUUUUUUUUUUUUAAUUUUGUUUGAGGUUUUUUUUGUUGGUUUUUUUUUUCCUUUUUGCCUUCGAAGAGAAACUGGAAGAAAAAAAAAAAAGAAAAAAAAGAAAAAUGAGAUUUGUACAAACUAAAGAUUGCAAAUGUAGCGGAUCACUGAAUCAUUUGCCUUGUUUCCUGCCUCAGCUCUCUGGGACACCAGCCCCGUUUUAGCCUUCAACCCCCCCAAAAACUGCCUGGGAGAGGUGGGGGGGACACUGAUUUUGGUGAAGCUGUGGCUGAACAGUUAAGGAUUGCUUUUUAAAAAAGACAGCAGACUUUUUUUAUUUAAAAAAAAAAAUAAUGAUAUAUUUGUUAACUUUUUUUUUUUUUUUUAGGGAUUCAGUAGGAGAAAAAAAAAUCUUAAAGCACUCUUAUAAUAUGGCAUCUUUCUAUUUCUGUAUAAAAGCAGAUCUUUUUAAAGUAUUUCUGUAACUUAAAAGACCUGUCCUUUAAAUCAUAUUUUGUCUUUAGGUAAGUUUGGUUUGGUUUUGGUUGCAAGAUCUUUCUCUUUGUGAGACUUACCUUCAU